GCCAUAACAUCUAACAAGCCCUUAGUAUACUGAAGGAAAAAGGCCAAAGUUAGGAUAUCUAAAGGAAAAAACGAAGAAAAUGUCGGCUAGUAAACAAGAUCUUGGUCCUGGUUCUAAGCAUAUCCUUCAGAGCCGGGGAGCGGAUAAGGAUUUAACACAUUUUUAUAUAACUCAGAAUUCUACCACUUACGGCAGAAAGUUUCAAAACUUUCAACCUCGAACUGGAAAGCAUACUGGAACUGGCUAUGCAUCCAACUUUAGACCACAGGUCUAUUACUCUUCACGUUUGGAUGAAGUUGAUAAUCCAUCAAUGGGACGUAUAGUAUCUGAUAAUUAUCACUCUGUAACUGAAAAAUCCUACAGACCAUACGUUGGCCCAAAUGGGACUGAACCUGUUCCUAUUGACUGUAGAAAAAAUAGAAGUGGUUUUACUUCCGAAAUGGCUUUAGCAGGAAUACCUCGGGAACGUCAUGUACGAAACACCUUCAUUGAUACACGAAGUAUGUCUGCUCCACUCGAUUAUAGACCACGCCAUAAGCCUUUACUACACAAGAUUCAAUCAAAAGAUCCCAUUGAAGCAGAAAAUUAUGGAUAUGGCCCGGUUUCAAAUGCUUCGGAGACCAGAGUAAAAUUUCAAGGAGAAAGAGGCGAUUCUUCGUAUAAUCAAGGACAGGCAGUGGGUCCUCAAGAAGGUUCAGGCUUCACUCAUAAUAAGAAUGUUGAACCAGUAACUUUCCAUCCUGAUCAACAACACAGCAAUGAAACUCCUGGCUGGUAUACGAACAGACCAACUGGAAUACCAAUAACAACAACAGACUUUGGACCAUUUAAAUGGAAGGCUCGCGAAGAAAGAAUCCCUGGACUUGUACCAAGAGGCGAUCGAGAUUCUGGUUUUGUCAAUUCAAUGAAGCCUAAACCCGAAUUCACUUCCCGAGUGAUGAGCGAUGCUUACGAUAAAGCCUCAGACCAACCAGAAUUGAAAGCUGAUAGAGUUAGAAAGAAUGAUCCAGCCGAGUAUAUCAACAUGCAACAGCCUAAUAAUUAUAGCAGUGUAUCCAAAAAUGUCUAUUUGGGUCGACAGAAUAAUCCUCAAACACUACCGGAACUAUUAAACACGAAGGGCGUUGGUUGGAAGGAGAAUACCGGAUUUAGUAGUAACGAAUUAACUUAUGGCGAAAAACCUGAAAAUUACCCUGACCGAUUUAUAACACAUUAUCAAACAAAGUUCGUUGAUAGGACUCCAGUUGGAAAAGCAAGAGAAGGUCACACAUGGGGAAAUGUACAAGAACAAUGGCAUGAUGGGUUUACUAAAAGUACUGCAGUCCAUAAUUUUGGAUCGGAUAUAAAUACUACUGAAAUGAUACACAAUCACCCUCCAUAUCAAGCGAGGAGCACUGUGGCAAGAGACCCCUUCUUUGACGACCAUACGUAUGACACCAAAAUGCAUAUUUAUCAAAGAACAGCUUUGUCUGAAGAUAAUUAUGCGAAGGAUAAUUGGGAUCCCUUAACGAAAACACAAAGAUACUAUCCGGACGCGGCAGUGAGAAGUGAAAGAGCUCCACUUCCACGACAUAUCCGCCUUAUAGUCGAAGCUAGAGAUGCCAAACAACGACGAACAUAUACAGAUAUUGUAAUUGUCUUAGUCGUAGUAUUCUUGAUUUGGUCAUUUGUUAUUUGGACAAUUUAUUGCCCUUGUUUACACAAAUAUUCGCAAAAACAUUUUCCUGAAGAUUGCGAUUGUACCAAUCCCGGUCGAAAGUCAGCUUUGAAAUAA